CGAGCAGAUCCGUGAUGCCGCAGACGUCCAUCCCUCACCCUCUUGUCGGCCCUUUGCAGCUUCACAAAGAUAAAUUUGCAUCCGAGACACUACCGACCGUAUUGGCAAUGGCUCAGUCGUCCUUUUCAUUGGCUUCGCGGACAAAGCUUCCCAAUGGCUUGUCCAUGCCCACCAUCCAACUGGGCGUAUAUUUGACGUCCGGCAAGGAAACGUAUCAAGCCGUGCGGUGGGCACUAGAGGCGGGAUAUCGGGGGGUCGACUCGGCGCAGAUGUACCACAAUGAGCGCGAGACGGGCAAAGCCAUUACCGAUUUUCUCCAAAGCGAAGCAAAUGUACACUCGCUCAAGCGCGAAGAUAUCCACUUCACGUCCAAGCUAGCGUCCAAUUCUGCAUACGAAACGGCUCGUAAAGCUAUCAAGAGAUCGGUCAAGGAAGCGGGGCUGGGCUACAUUGACCUUUUCCUGUUGCAUUCCCCAUAUGGCGGCAAGCAAGCGCGGCUGGACAGUUGGCGAGCAGUCGAGGACGCAAUCGAUGAUGGCGAGGUCAGGAUUGGAGGCGUGUCUAACUAUGGCGUAAAGCAUUUGCAAGAGCUGCUCGACUCGAAUCCGAGAAUUGCUCCAGCGAUCAACCAGAUUGAAGUGCAUCCCUUCAAUACGCGCAAGGACAUUACCUCGUUUUGUCAGCAGCACAACAUUGUGGUCGAGGCAUAUGCCCCACUUGUUCGCGCGUUGCGGAUGAAGCAUCCGACGAUUGUGUCCCUCGCCAACAAGUAUUCCUGCACCCCUGCCCAGCUGCUGGUCCGCUGGAGUCUCCAGCACGGCUAUGUUGCGCUACCCAAGAGCGUCAAGAAGGAGCGCAUGAUUGAGAAUGCUCAGGUUGGGGGCUUCGAGAUUGAAGCUGCCGACGUGGAGGCGAUGGAUGCUCUGGACGAAUACUUGGUGACUGACUGGGACCCUACCGAUUGCCCUUGAGCGUGGAGGUGAUCAGGUCGCGUGCGUGGGGGUUUGGUAGCCAAGCCGUGGAGGAUGGGGAUGUCGGGGUACAAUGUACAUGCACGCUUUUACACACAUACUACGACCAGACAUGGGCAAAUUCAAUGUUAUGGAAUUGCAUGAGACGUGGGUACUACAGUGACUACCUGAAGACUGCAGUCCCUUGUUGCUAUUGCUACCCGUGCAAACUACUUAGCCAAUAGAAAACACGUCCACGCAAGCUGUGCAAUGCAACAAUAAUCGAGGCCGA